CUAGUUUAGUUUUGCACGUCGAAACUAUUCCUAGUCUAAGAAAGUUCUGUGCAAGCCUUAGGCCAACGAAAAUAUGCAGUGUGACUGGGUUCCCGUAACUAUUUCCCUAGGCCAGCUUCCUGAAAGUGACGAUGAUAAUCCGACUAUCUACCCGCUCACACAAGUUCCAGACGGAGCAAAAGAGGUCCUCAUUUAUACAUUCAUGACUUCGAUGGGAGAGGGUAAGUUUCAGCGAGGCUACUACGAGCUUUUCACGAGCGGCGGUGGCAAGGAUUACAAGCAGUACAUGAACGUAGCCACUGGCGAUAACGUCAACAUUGUCAACUCCCUCAACGCGUGGUUUCCUUUUAACAAGGAUGAAAAGCAGUUGAAAGUGCGUUUGUAUCUCCCUGAGAGUCUGAAACGUCAGAAAAAGCACAUUGCAGGCAAGCUGCAACGCCAGGAUUGGAGCGAGGUGUUCAUCACUGGCUACAGAACCUGAAGUUUAACUGUACUCUUGCACUUUCUGGUGGAGCACCAUGCCUUUGACAUUUAGCCCGCAGACAUAUUUUGAGUACACAUUUAAGGAGAGAACACAUCUAGGUUUUCAAGUUUUGUUUUAUAGAUUUUGAAAUGUUUGUCAUAAGGUAAAUUAAGCUCAUUAAAGAACACCAGUGUAAGAGCAAA